CUGUGUUUGUACGGAACAAAAUGCGAGUAUGAACGUUUUUAAAGCUCUUCUGAGAAUUCCAAAUCUGGCGCCGAUAGCUAUAAACCUUCAAAAUCGCUGAAAUUCUGCAGAAAACAUACAUGGAGGCAUCAACGAAGCUGUGUUGUAUGGAUUUCUUGGCACUGAGAGGCUUUCUUUUAUCGGCAUUGAUUCUCAAUUUCGUGCUCGCCUGUCAGUUUCUCCUCCUCCAACCCCUCGUUUCUGCCCUAGACGGGAGACCUGAAGAAGCUGCUGCAUUGCUUGAAAAAGCUCAACAGCAUGUCAAAGUUAAGAGAUAUAGUGAAGCCCUUAAUGAUCUCAAUGCAGCUAUAGAGGCUGAUCCUACACUUUCCGAGGCAUACCGGCAUCGGGCAUCUGUUUUUCGUCAAUUAUGCAGAUAUGAGGAAUCAGAAAGAAACUAUGGGAAAUUUUUGGAGAUGAAACCUAGAAACUCAGUGGCAGAGAGAGAACUUUCGCAAUUGUUGCAGGCUAAGGGUGCUUUGGAGUCCGCUAUGAAUCUCUUUGACUCGGGGGACUUUACAAAAGCAUUGGAACACAUUGAUAAAGUUGUGCUUGUUUUCUCUCCAGCUUGCUCAAAGGCUAAAAUUCUCAAAACAAGGCUAUUGCUUGCAGCGAAAGAUUAUUCAGGUGCCAUAACAGAGGCAGGAUUUAUGCUUAGAGAGGAUGAAGAUAAUAUUGAUGCAUUGUUGCUACGUGGCCGUGCCUACUACUAUCUUGCAGAUCAUGAUGUUUCUUUAAGACAUUACCAGAAGGGUCUUCGACUUGAUCCUGAACAUAGCGAACUGAAGAAAGCAUAUUUCAGCUUGAAAAAUCUACUCAAGAAGACAAAAAGUGCAGAAGAAAAUGAAGCUAAGGGCAAACUUCGUCUUGCUGUGGAAGAAUAUAAAGGCGCUAUAGCAUUGGAUCCAAACCAUUCCGCAUUCAAUGUGCAUCUUCUUCUUGGUCUUUGCAAAGUAUCAGUGAAGCUUGGCAGGGGUAGGGAUGCCAUUUCAAGUUGCUCGGAAGCACUCCAGAUUGAUGAGGAACUUGUUGAAGCUUUAACUCAGAGGGGUGAAGCCAAACUUUUGAUAGAAGAUUGGGAGGGAGCUGUGGAGGAUUUGAAAUUGGCAGCAGAAAAAUCUCCACAGGACAGACAUAUUCAUGAAACUUUGAUUCGGGCUGAGAGAUCAUUAAAGUUGAGCAAACGGAAAGAUUGGUACAAAAUUUUGGGAAUUUCCAAAACUGCAUCAGCAUCUGAGAUAAAAAAGGCAUAUAAGAAGCUUGCUUUGCAGUGGCACCCAGACAAGAAUGCUAACAACAGGGAAGAAGCUGAAGCCAAAUUCAGGGACAUUGCUGCAGCAUAUGAGGUUCUUGGUGAUGAAGAGAAGCGUACCCGGUAUGAUAGGGGAGAAGACAUUGAUGAAACAGGUUCAGGAAUGGGCGGUGGAGGAUUCCACCACCCGUUCCAAGGAGGUAACUUCCAAUUCCAUUUCGAAGGAGGCUUUCCUGGCGGUGGAUUCGGAGGUUUCCAAUUUUGAGCACAUGCUUAUUCGCUACUCGUAGUAACUUAAAAGGAAGCAACUGUUGAGCUCUUCUCUAGACUCUAGGUGGGCAAAAGCUAGUGUCUAUAAUCCCAGGAAAGAGUUCUUUGUUUUUCUUCUCAUUGUUAUGGGAGGCCAUUUUCUUCUCCUGGGUAAAUGACAUUUUCAUUGUAACUUUAUAGGUAGAUUAAGCUCAAGAUUCUGCAUAUUUACACAAUCUUAUUCCCCCCCUCCCCUUUUCGGUGCUUAACUUCGAAUCAG